AUGGAUCUCUCAGCGCAUAAGAAGCAUUUGAAGCAGAUUAUCUUGGACUAUGAGGCUCUGGAGUUGGGGAUCCCCUGUAUCAGGAAAUUCGAGACCCCCCCCGCCCCGCGCCCCCUCACUGUGUGCAUGGAGACCCCGCCGGAGUUGGAUCUCUGUCAUGCUGAUAUUUUGGGGGCUGUGUCUCGGUUGAUCUCGCGCCCCUUCGAGGGGGGUAGGGUAACCAGCAUCCAGUUUGAGGACAUGAAUGUGAUCUGCGGGACGGGAGGGAGGAGCAACAGAUGGUUGAUCACCAGCUCAGAUUUCAGGACCAGGAACCAGCUCCUUCACUCCGGGCUCGACGUGUCCCCCCCGUGGGGGCCAGGGGAGGAGCUGGGGAGCCCCGCUCACUUCGCGCUGCGUCGCUAUGACGACGUCCUGACAGAGGACUACAAGCUGCACCUCAGGGGGGCGUUGGCGAGGAAACACAUCCUGGAAACCUUCAGCGAGAAGGGGAGCCCGCAGCCGCUCUGAGAGCGCGGUAGAACCGUGGUAAAAUAACUACAGUUCCAGAGGGCUGCGGUAAAGUGUGGUAAACUAUUCUGCAGUGCG